UAUUUAGUCAGUAGUAGCUGAACUUUCGAACGAGAAGGACAUAUCAGUGUCGUGUGUUGUGAUUCAUAUUAGACAGAUUUAUAAAUUUCCAACGUAAAAUAUUCAAAGGAUGGAGGGUGUUCUGCUUCCCAGAAGCCCUGGACAUAUUCACAAGAUGGGACCCAGCUUACAGGAUAGAUGGAGAACAUAUAUAGAGACACAGGAGAACUCUGUCGAGGCCCUGAUGGCCGACUCCUACAAGACCCUCUGCAGAGACAUGAAACUAAACGAUAACUAUGAGGAAAUCUGUCGACCUGGGUUCGAUAACUCGAAGUAUCAUCGGCUUAGAUCAGAUUCAUUCAACUCUACUCUCACAGGUUUAAGCCGGGGCUCCGGUAGCAGUACAAGUACAGCAAUUACAGAUCUGUACAGUGGAAACAGGUCUCCUGCUUCCGGGUUCCAGAGAGCUGCAUUCAGUCAUGGAACACUACCCAGGAACCCUAAAUUAAUUAAGAAGGAUUCCUGCACAAACUGUGGACAUUGUCAACAAGAGGCCAAGGCACUGUCUGCCGGGUUUCAUCUAUCAGCUCCAGCUCAGGGUUCAGGAGUAUCCUGGCAAUCCCGUCCUCUUCCCAACCCGGAGACUCCUGUUCGUCGGCUUUCCUUCUCUAGUCAGGUCCACCAGCAGUCCCAAGUACAAGGAUCUCAUCAACAUGUUCCAGCAGGGAUUGCAGAGCUUGAAACAAUGUAUAAAGCAAUGAGAAAUCUAAAUAUACCUUUACCCAAUGCUCCCAAACUAACUGGAGUAAAAAUGCCAGCAGUUUAUCCUCUACAUAGCAGUGCAGAGGAACUAGAUAACCUGGAUACAGGUUCAAUACUUGGAGAGAUUCCUCCCCCACCCCCACCUGUACAGUCCCAUGCUGUCCUGGAGUCAGGACUGGGACAUGAACUUAUAUCUUCCAGAACUCCAGGUGUAACCAGAAAGCUGGAAUGGGCUAAACCUCCAAACCUACCCCUUCCUCCUCUUCCACCAAAACGAACCUCCUCCAGACUUUCAGACAUGAUGAGACCGAAGAAUCUAAACUUGAGCAAUGAUUCGGAGAACUCAAUCUACUCCCGUCCCAAACCUUUCCGGAGCUCUCUCAUGUCAACCGGAUCCAGUGAUAGCGGUGGUUCAUCUCUUCCCUCGGAUCCGGAACUACCCCUGUCUCCCUUGACCCCCUCCUCAGAGCAUGUAUUCACUUGGCCCAACUACAGUAUAUCAGGGUCCCCGGAGCAUAGAUCUGUGUCCCAGAACUGUGACAGGGACACCAACAGUGUCUACAGUGGAGGGAACAGUGUCAACACUAGCAUGACGAGUCAUUCAGGAGAAUAUGUAAAGAUGCAUCCCGUCUUCUCCCCUUCCAGUCCUGAUAGUCCGUACAUGAACCUACUGUACAGUGCUGUACAGCGACAAGGAGGUAAGGGUACGGUUGAGUCGGCUAUGUCUCCGUACCUUGCAAUGACUGGAAACCAUUUUAACAAAAAUAUUAGAAACCUGGAGAAUGCUUCUAUUGACUCGGUUUCAGCUAUAUACGCUCAGAUAGAAUCUAGCAAGGGUAGUACUGAGAAUAUAUCUAGCCGGGGGAGCAAGACCCCCACCCCACCUAAACCCCGGACCCCCAGCUCUAAAUCUAUCACAGAAUUUAGGGAUUUAAUGAUCGAGGUGGAGAGAAAAAGACAAUUUCGAGUUGGAUUAAACCUGUUCAAUACUCAACCUGAUAUUGGGUUAGAUUUUAUGGUAAAACAGGGAUUUAUUGAACUAUCUCCCGUAGCAGUGGCCAGGUUUCUUCAUUCAACACAAGAUCUCGCAAGAUCCAUGAUCGGAGAGUAUCUUGGUCAGGUCACCAAUGCUUUCUCAAUGAAGGUUCUUGAAUGCUUUAUGGAGAAUUUUGAUUUCUCCAAAUUAAGGAUAGACAAGGCAUUGAGAAAAUUUAUCCAUUCAGUUCAGAUUCCUGGAGAGGCUCAGAAGAUAGAAAAAAUAAUGGAAGUUUUUGGAAAACGGUAUUUGAAGGGAAAUCAGGUUUUUUCUUCCAAGUUAAAAAAUACAGAUUCAGUCGUAACUCUGUCAUUUGCAAUCAUGCUUCUGAGCACGGACCUUCACACACCAAACCUGAAAACAGAGAAGAAAAUGACUGAAAAAGAUUUUAUCAACAACCUAAAAGGUUCCGACAGCGGAAUAGACUUUGACCACAAGCUCCUCAAGUCCAUCUACAAGGCAAUAAAGAAGCAAGAGCUCAGAAGCGGAGUAGAUCAUGUGAUGCAGGCAGCAUUGUUACGAACAAGGAUAUCCGGAAAGGUUCCACAUCUAGCAGAGCCACACCGUCGUCUCGUCUGUCUCUGUAGACUGGCCGAGGUUGUGGACAUCAACACAAAGAAGGAGGCUGAUGCCAACAACCAUUACAGGGAUAUCUGGCUGUUUAACGACAUGAUGCUGGUGACAAAGGUGUCUGGGAAGGCUGGGAGUAGUGCUGUUUACUCCUACAAGGACUCAUUUCAUCUUUCCGGCCUCGAGGUCACACUCUUCCGAACCUCUGUUUAUAAAUACGGUAUUCAGAUCUCCAGAAAGGGUGACAGUGCUGUGCUGGCAACCCUGGCCGCAUCCAGCGAGCAUGACCAGUACAAGUUUGUCAUGGAUAUUCAAGAAUCUAUAUUUGAAAUGGAUGUAAUGGGUCAUGCUCUGAGAGACGCAAAUUUGAUCAAAUAGAUGUCCACUGUCCCCAAUAGCUUACGUGAUUGUUAACAGAUUUGAUUCUGUUUUAAAUUCUAUAAUAUUGUUUAUAAUUUUAUAUACAUUAUAUACAUCAUGGAUGUUUCUUAUAACUCUAAAUGUGAUAUUGACUAAUAAUACUUAGAUAUAGAAAUUAAGAAAAAUUUUACUGUACAUUAAGUUUAAUAAAUAAAUAAGAUUUUGCAGCUUGA